UUGCGAUAGAUGGAUCUCACCAUCAGUCCAAUUGUAUUUUCAAUAAGAGGAGCACGAGAAAAUUAUUAGGUUAGCUUGGAUGUCCAAUCUUUGAGAAAGAGAACAGUUUAAUCAAAAUAAUCUUUUUAAAAUGAAGACUUCGCGAACCAAGAAAGCCCGGAAAACUCUUGGGUUUUAUGUGAACAAUUACAAGUUUCAUCAACCAUUUCAAGUCCUGAUUGACGGCACAUUUGCGUUUGCGGCAUUACAGAACAAAUUUAACAUACAGGAGCAACUUGCAAAGUACUUUCAGUCUGAAAUAAAGCUCCUAACAACUGCAUGUAUCAUCUCGGAAACCGAGAAACUUGGUUUAUUCUCGCCAGCAGUUAACGGUGCCACGCAAAUAGUGAAGCAAUACGUUGUACACAGAUGUGGGCAUGAAAAGAAGCCAAUAAGCGGCACAAAAUGUUUACUAUCUAUGAUAGGAAAAGACAAUAGAUAUAUUGUUGCAACGCAAGAUCGUGAACUUCAGGAUAAAUUGAGGCUAAUUCCAGGAGUUCCUGUCAUUUAUUUACAUGGAAAAGCACCCACGCUGGACUCUCCUUCGGAGACAAGCCGCAAACAUGCCGAAGCUAUGCAAAAAGGUUUAGGCAUGACUACAUGGGAGAGAGAGAAUGUAAAGGUAUUGCGAAAGCAAGCAGGAUUAGAGGAGGGGAGUAAAUUGAAGAAGAGGAGGAAAAAGGGAGGACCAAAUCCGCUUAGUUGUCUGAAGAAAAAGAAGAAACCGGAAACAACAAUGAACAAAAAUGGUACAAAGUCAUCUGGCAAGGUCAGAAAAAGGAAAAUUAAAAUAGCGUCACACAUCAAAGAGGCUUUACUGACGGAAUUUAAGAAUGAACGUAGAACGUAGAAUUACGUGAUUCAUGUGAAUUUUCAAUAUAUAUUCUGUGAAUACAAAAUAUUAAGAAGCGAAAUUGUUAAAAACUGCAAAUUGAAAAAUGCGUUUUUUGCAUAUUGGAUCAAUAUGCAAUAGCUUUUGUUGACUUGGAGAAAA